ACAAUGGACAGUGAAAUCACGUGGUUUGGUACUUAGAAACUUCAACAUGGCCGGGAAACCUACUGAUGCUAAUCAUGAUUGAUUUUAAUGCCUCGUGGGAAGUACUGCUCGUGGGAAGCCAUCCGGUAGAGCCGGAAAACCAUGACGGAAGUCAUCCUGCCCUCGCUUAAUAUCCCUGGACCGACCUCUCUACAUCCAAACGUCUCCACACGGAAAAGAACAACCGAGAAAGUAUCUUUCCCCUUCGCUCCAUCUUGUGCGCAGGCAUUUCGAGACCGACUUCCGCCUGUUGCCUCACGAAAUAAAUCCGCCGCUAAACUUCGCCUACAGCCUGGAUAUAGUCCCAACUACUGGUCCUAUGGGACGUCCUAUUUGGUCACUCUCCUGUUUAACGGACGUCUUCCAAAUUCAUUUCUAAAAGAGGUUUGUCAUAGCCACAUUAAAAAAGAGAGCGAGGAUUUAACCGCAACCGGGCAACAGUACACACCCAAACACAAGCGAAAGAAAGAACUUUGGGAGCCUAAAGAUUACAAAAGACUCCAGGAAGUUGCUCGAAGGACAGAACAGAAAGUGAUGGUUGCCCGUUGGCGUCAGCGCACGCGCCAUGAUUCCAUAUCUUCCAAGAUUCACGAGACCAAAGAGCGAGAGGAGAAGAUACUCCUGACCAAAGAAGGCAUGAUGGAGAGGGGCAAACGUGCAUUUCUGAACAAACUGAAAUCUAGAGCAAAACAUACAACCGAAACGAAACCUGUAUGUAAUCCACCAAUAGUUGAUCCAUCGGCAUGUGAUCCAUCGGUUUGUGAUCCAUCAGUUUGUGAUCCACCGAUAAAGGACGUGUCCCAAGUGUCGUGCGCCACAGAGGACGGGUUUGUGAUGGUCAGUGUUGAAGACUGUGUUGCGGACAGCGUCGACUCACUGCCUGAUGAUUCUAAAUCCUCGGAAUAGUUACCAAACUAUAAUAGAAUUGUGUUUUAAAAUUCUUGGUUGAUAUGUCAAACGACACAUCCGUAUGGUUUUUAGCUAGUACUUUACUGAAAUGAUUCAUCCCUUUCAAAAUAUCAAACAAACCACUUGCCUUCACCCUUUUCAUUACUAAAGUCAUUAAAUGUUUGUGGUAUUGUACAUUAUUAACUUUGU